UGUUGAAUACAGUAACGUUGUAUCCAAUUCUUCAUAUCAUGACGACUACAUUCAUAUGUUCAAAGACAAUAGCUGCAGGACAUUUCAUUUUUAGGUCUAUAAGGUUGUGAACGCUAUUAUACACAACAUACUGUACGCUGGUUUUCUUUAAAUAAAGAAAUACAUUGAAAAUGGGUACUGGGGCAUCUAAAACCCAUUCAGUGGAGAAGCAAAAAGCAAGAGAUAAUGAGGAAAAAGCCACCGUGAUACAAAAUGGUUCAGCAUCCACCCUACCUGACAUCACUCCAAUUAGACAGAAACUGGAACAGCCAAACAAGGAGGAUGAAGAGAUCUCAGAAGACAUUGAGAAGAUGGUGCAAACUAUUCAAAGUCAUAGAGAGAAUGAACAGGGCCAGUCUGGAAUUCAAGGAGCCGUGGAGACAGAAGACGUCUCACUGUCAUUUGAAAGCUUCCAGCACAACAACGGAACCCUUUAUACAUGUUUUAUUCAGAAUGGCAUCAGAAUGUACUUUGAUGAUGAAAUGGGAAUUGUUCCAUUUCCUGAAGAACUUUAUAGCCAAGGAAAAUUCAUCUAUAGUCACAAUGAGUCAGACAAGAUGCCUGAUGACGUCAGACAGGAUAGUUAUGGCAAUUCAGGCUACUUGGAAAAUGAUCGCACCUGCUCAUUUUACAUACCUGGGAAAGGAAUGGUCAUGACAUACUUAUUUGAGGAGAGAAUAAACAUCUGCAAAUAUUAUGACAGUGAAGCUGGUGCCUGGCUUAUUUUACCCUUGCUGUGGGAAAUGAAUGUGGACUUCAUACUGCAACGUGUCGAGCAAGUGAAGGAAGCCCUCCCUGCCAUCACUGACUACAAGGAAAUCCUUGCAGCUCUUCGACUGUGUAAUUAUAACCCAGAUGAAGCCAUUUCUAUGUUCUUUGCUAUGUUCGGUGACAGCCUGGAAAACACUAUAAAUGGAGAGCAAAACUUUGAACCAACAGUUUUUAAACGGGAUAUUGAUCAAAAGGAAAAGAAAAUAGAAAGUUUAACUAGGGACUUGCAAGAACGGGAGAGGGAGCUGGAAAGCUUGCGGUUAAAAUGCAAAUAUUUAGAAGACGAAAAGCAUCACCUUAAUCAUCGUACUAAGAGCUUACAUGAAAAAGUGUCAGAGUUACAAAGUGAACAUGAGAAAUACAUAAAGGAAAUAAAUGAAAGCAUGACUAAAAAUGUUCCGGUCACUAAUCCAUUACAAACGUAUUCACCUGUGAAUAAAGACAUACUGCAGAAGUUGCUAAGAGAAGCCCGUGAACUCAAUGUCACUAACGAGCAGUUAAGAGUCCUGGCAACAAGUGGUCUAUCAGAUCUUGGUCUGUGCAUGGACCGUCUGCAUGGCACAGUGAAUAACAUGCAGAGUUCCACCAAAGAGCUAGGAGAAAUUCGUGCUCUAUACCAGCGUGAGUCCAUGGAGAGGAAGUUACUAUAUAAUCAGCUUCAAGAACUGAGAGGAAACAUCCGAGUAUUUUGCCGUUCCAGGCUAGAUAACGGAAAGGGUGAACAUUUAGAAUUUCCAUCAGAUGAAGAAAUCCUAGUGAAUCAAAAUGGGAAUAAGAAGAGGUUCAGAUUUGAUCAGGUCUUUCGUCCACAGUGUACUCAGGAGGAAGUUUUUGAACAAACUUUACCUAUUAUCAAGUCUUGUGUUGAUGGUUACAAUGUUUGCAUCCUGGCCUAUGGUCAGACAGGUUCUGGAAAGACCUAUACCAUGAUGGGAAAUGAGCAAAAACCAGGAGUCAACAUCAGGUCAAUUAGAGAACUCUUGCGCAUAUGUCACGAGAGAGAGAGGACUAAAUAUACCACAAAGAUUUCAAUGCUAGAGAUAUAUAAUGAAAGUGUGUGGGAUCUUCUUUCGCAAAAUGGAAACAAACAACUGGAGAUCAGGUCACAAGGAAAAAAUGUGACUGUUCCAGGACUGACAGAAGCUGUAGUGCUGACGGAAGAAGACAUCAAAAACACUAUUUCAUUUGGUGAGAAGAAUAGGACAGUGGCAUCUACAAAAAUGAAUACAGAAAGCUCACGUUCUCAUCUGAUGGUGAUCUUAACCGUAAAUGGCAUUGACAGCAUCUCAGGAGUCUUAUCUAAUGCUACACUUACACUGUGUGACUUGGCUGGUUCAGAAAGAAUAUCUAAAACAGAAGCUACAGGCCAGCGCUUGGUGGAGGCUGCUUCAAUUAACAAGUCUCUCACAUCACUGGGACAGGUUUUUGCAGCAUUAAAGAAAAACUCCCUGCAUGUGCCCUACAGGAACUCCAAACUCACUCAUCUCCUGCAACCCUCGCUCAGUGGUCAGGCUAAGGCAUGUGUUUUUGUGAAUAUCAGUCCUGACAUAAAAGACCUUGGAGAAACGGUGAGCUCACUUCAGUUUGGUUCAUCAAUUCAACAAAUAGCACUUGGCAAUCCCACACCACAUACUUCCAGUGUGAAGCUUGGUAAUUGA